GGACAAAGCUAGAUGGCGCUGCAAAAAUAUCAGCAAGACGAAAUGUAAAAGCCGCCUGCACACCAUAGGAAGACAUAUCAAAAGAUCAUCUACUUCGGAAAAGUACGGAAGCACCCGAAGAUAGUCGUACGCGGCUACGAGUACAUCCUCCACUACAAAGAACAGAAUAAAUCUAGAUGGCGUUGCAAGAGUAUACACAGGACGAAAUGCAAAUGCUGCCUGUUCACGACCGGAUGGCAGAUCAGGGUGAUGCAUGAACACAAUCACGAAGUGCCACAAAUUAAUUAUAAAGACUUGGUGCCUACGGAGAUGUUCGUUAAAGUAGAGACAAAUGCUGAUGUACAGAUUUCCAAAUAAUAAAUAUAUGAUAAAAUAUCCAAUAGCCCAAUGACUAAUACUAUAAUUUCCAGUUACAGUGUAUUUUCAAAGAACGAAGAAGUACCCUCGGCUGAUCAUGGACGGCUACGAGUACCAGAUCCAAACGCAGGAGGUGCUGAAGACAAGAUGGCGUUGCAGAUGGCACCACCAUCGACACCAUUGCAAGGCGUUCCUGUACACAGUCGGCAAGACCGUCUACUACUACAACAUCCACAAUCACGAACCGGAGGACAUCGACUGUUCGAAUUUCGCCGGAAUGGUGUUAAAAACUCUGCCGUACAAGAAGCAUAUGACAUUACCGCAGCCGGAAAAGUCCGGAGACGCGUAUGAAACGAACAUGUAUCUUUAAAAAAAGGCACGAUGUACUUUGUUUGAGGAAUAAAGUUUAUUAUGGCCGGUUUUUACAACAUUUUUAUAGUCCUA